AUGAACACCUCAACCUUGACGACGAUCGGCCUAGCGAUCGCAGUGGUCUUCAUGUUCUGGACGCUGUCAUCGACCACAUCCUCGCCAUUCGCCGGGGCCUUCCCGCGCAUCUACAACAAACGAAUCUGCCUGUUGAUCGCACACCCAGACGACGAAGCGAUGUUCUUUGCGCCAACGCUGGGACUACGUAACGAAGCCGACGUGUACGUCGUAGACGACCCCAGCCGGUUCCCCGAUAGCAUGAGCGCGCGAUGGACCGAGCACGACGUAGCGACGCUGUUGGGGUCGGCGUUUGCGCCGGAGACAGCGCCAACGAAAAAGGCGGGCGGCGCGGCGGCCCCGACGGCCACCAUCGACGUGCUUCUGACGUUCGACCAGGGCGGCAUCAGCAACCACCCCAACCACCGGUCGCUGUACCACGGGGCCGUGCACUGGCUGCGCACGCUGACCAAGGGAAAACCCGGGUAUAAGUGUCCCGUCGCGCUGUACACGCUGACGACGACUAAUAUCGUGCGCAAGUACGCCGGCGUGCUUGAUGCGCCGUUCACGAUGGUCGGCGGUGCGUUGCGCUCGAUCGUGUCGGGCUCCGGGGCCCGUGGGUUUGGCGAUCAGCUCCCUUCGCGGCUUUUGUUCGUUAGCUCCGUCGGAGAGUGGGUGACGGCCCAGUCGGCUAUGGUUAAGGCUCAUCGUAGCCAGAUGGUCUGGUUUCGUUGGGGUUGGAUUACUAUCGGUCGGUAUAUGGCUGUUAAUGAUCUACGACGGGAGAGGGUUUGA